UAUCUAUCCCGGGUGACAGCUUUAUAUUAAUUUAACCUUUUAUUUCUUUAAUUUUUAUCAAGGAAGGUUGGUCUGUGGAUUUCUAAUCUUAAAAUGAGUAUAAUAAAACGGUAACCAAAGUGGGACCAGAGGAUAGGGAAACACCGAGCAGUCAGUCUGAGGCUUCACGGCUCCGCCGCCGUCGUUUCACAACCGACGAACUAACUCCUCUGACAUUAAAGUCACCACGUCUCUGUCCUCUGGAGCACCGGCUGGAGCCUGAGGUGGAAGUAAUGUGGAAGAAGUGUCACCUCAUGUGGGCGAGGCUGACUUUGCACCUUCGUUUGAGUCGUUAGCUGAAGGCUGGCCAGCUUCCUUCAUUCAGACAGCACGCGGGGGGAUGUGGGGAAGCCAGAGAACAGGGCUCCUUGACUUUGUUUCACUGCCGCUGGCCGUGGCUGUGAUGUGCUGUGCCCAGAGCGUCAACGAACCGGGGAACAUGUCUUUCGUCAAAGAGACUGUAGAUAAACUGUUGAAAGGAUACGAUAUUCGUCUUCGGCCAGACUUUGGAGGUCCCCCGGUUGCUGUUGGCAUGAGUAUAGACGUGGCGAGUAUAGACAUGGUGUCAGAAGUUAACAUGGACUACACACUGACCAUGUACUUCCAGCAGUACUGGAGAGACAAGAGACUGGCCUAUGUGGGGAUCCCUCUCAACCUGACGCUGGACAACAGAGUUGCAGACCAGCUCUGGGUCCCAGACACCUACUUCCUCAAUGACAAGAAGUCCUUUGUGCACGGAGUUACAGUUAAAAACCGAAUGAUUCGGCUCCACCCGGAUGGCACUGUUCUCUAUGGACUCAGGAUCACAACGACUGCAGCCUGCAUGAUGGAUCUGAGGCGGUACCCGCUGGACGAACAAAACUGCACCCUGGAAAUUGAAAGUUAUGGUUACACAACAGAUGAUAUCGAGUUCUACUGGAAAGGAGGAGAGACUGCUGUGACCGGGGUGACACGCAUCGAACUCCCUCAAUUCUCCAUAGUUGACUACAAACUGGUCUCCAGAAAUGUGGUCUUUUCCACAGGUGCCUACCCACGACUGUCUCUGAGCUUCAAGCUGAAGCGAAACAUCGGAUACUUCAUCCUACAGACAUACAUGCCCUCCAUCCUCAUCACCAUCCUGUCCUGGGUGUCGUUCUGGAUAAAUUAUGACGCCUCAGCUGCCAGAGUUGCAUUAGGGAUCACCACUGUGCUGACCAUGACAACCAUCAACACUCAUUUGAGGGAAACACUACCCAAGAUCCCGUACGUUAAAGCUAUAGACAUGUACCUGAUGGGCUGCUUCGUGUUUGUUUUCCUGGCUCUGCUGGAAUAUGCCUUCGUCAACUACAUCUUCUUUGGACGCGGUCCUCAGAUGCAGAAAAAACUGGCUGAGAAGGCGCUGAAAGCCAAUAACGAGCGCAACAAAUUUGACAAGCCCAAGUGGAAAUUAGGCCGGCUCGGGAACCCUGACGCAUGCUGCACAUGUGUCAUCAGUCACCGAGGCCUCAGCUCACAGCCCAUUUUUAACACCGCUGCUGUUUCUUAUUCUCAGGUCGACUCCCAGGGAAACAUUUUGCUGACAACCUUGGAGAUCCACAAUGAGAUGGGGGGAAACGAGAUCACAACAACACUGAGCGAGACUCACAACUCCUCCUCCAUGGUGUUUGACAACUCUGGAGUCCAGUACAGGAAGUCAAGUGCGCCACAUGACUCAGGCCGCCUCAGCAUGGACAGGAACACACAUUUUAAGAAAACCCGUCUGCAGAGACGAUCAUCGCAGCUCAAAAUUAAAAUCCCUGACCUCACCGAUGUGAACGCCAUAGACAGAUGGUCACGGAUUAUAUUCCCCUCCAUCUUCUCCCUCUUCAACCUGAUCUACUGGCUUUACUAUGUUAAUUAAAACACUGCUUUUUAAACCCAUCCCACUCUCAUGCUAGUUUUUGAAUGAGAGAUUUCUUUAUGUGACACACCUGACGUGACAUAAUCCUGAACUUUUUUUUUUUACACUACAACAAGUGAUGACUUGGAUGAGAGAGAGCCGAUACUCUGACCGAGCACAGUCACAAGGAUUUAACUACACGUGUUAUUCUACUACGACUCACAUGUACAGCCAACCUCUGCUCCAGCCUCACUGAACACUUGGGACUUGGUUUGGAGGACCAGAGUUUAAAAAGUUUUGCACACUGCUUAAGAUCAGUAAUUACAUCUGUCGACAGGAUUAUAUGGUCACAUUAUGGCAUCCUCUGCAAGAUUUACAGUAUUAUUACCACUCUAGUCGUUCAUCAUUCUUCACACAAAUGACUGAUUUACACAUGCAGACUGAAGUCAUACUUUAUGAUAUACCGUUUUGUAAUUAAACCAGAUUAAAUUAGUAGUUCUGAUACUUUGGGAAAUGUCUGUGUUUGCUUUGAUGAUUAAUGCCACUUUCAUGUCUGAUGUCAGUAGCUUGUUAGCUUAGCUUAGCUUGAAACUGAAAACGAGUGAAAACAAGAGGCAGUAUUUUGAGAGCUGCAGGGGGAGUAAUAUUGUUUUUAUCUGCAAACCUUCCCUUAAUUUGCCUUAAAGUUGAAGCCCCCUCAUGUGUUCACUCAAAAAGUAAAAAAAUAGCUUUGACUGGCUCGAUAGCAUAUUGGACGGUAAUGCAUUCAUAUUCAUUCAAUUAAUUUGAAGCACCCUUGUUCACUCAAACAUUCAAAAAUAGUUUUAAUAUUAAAUACCUGUUUUUGUUAAUGAAAAAAAAGCAUUUUACAAAAAUGUUACUCACACACUCGGUGACAUUACACAAAGAAAUUGGCCUUUGCUUAUUAGCUGUCUCUCUCCGCUAACAAUA